GACAACUGGGAAAUCUCCCGCAACAAACUAACAGGUGUCCUCCUCCUCCGCUAUCAGAUCCACAGUCACAUCAUCGGGGGGGCUGCCUGUCCGCGCCGCAGAUCCUCUCCCUCAACCGAUCCUCACGCGUUCCUUUACUUUAUCUGACCUCACAAUUUCCAGGAAAUUACUUGAAAAUAUCUAUCCACAAAUGAUGCACUCGGCACAGAAAGACACCACAUACACCAAGAUCUUUGUGGGAGGUCUUCCUUAUCACACAACGGACUCAAGUCUCAGGAAAUAUUUCGAGGUAUUUGGAGACAUCGAGGAGGCUGUUGUCAUCACUGAUCGACAGACGGGGAAGUCCAGAGGUUAUGGAUUUGUGACCAUGGCAGACCGGGCCUCUGCUGACCGAGCCUGCAAGGACCCCAACCCUAUAAUAGAUGGCAGGAAAGCCAAUGUGAACCUGGCCUACCUGGGGGCCAAGCCAAGGGUGAUACAGCCAGGUUUUGCAUUUGGUGUGCCUCAGAUCCAUCCAGCUUUCAUCCAAAGACCUUAUGGAGUCCCUGCCCACUAUGUCUACCCUCAGGCCUUUGUCCAACCCAGCGUGGUGAUCCCUCAUGUACAACCUUCUGCUGCUACAGCAACAGCUGCUGCUGCCACUUCCCCAUACCUUGACUAUACUGGAGCCACUUAUGCCCAGUACUCUGCGGCUGCCACUGCUGCCGCCGCCGCUGCUGCAUAUGAGCAGUAUCCAUACGCGGCCUCACCAGCACCAACAAGCUACAUGACUGCAGCAGGGUAUGGAUAUGCUGUCCAGCAGCCACUCGCCACUGCUGCCACCCCAGGAGCUGCUGCUGCAGCUGCCGCCUUCAGCCAGUACCAACCUCAGCAGCUCCAGACAGAUCGCAUGCAGUGAAACCAUGACAACUGCCUUAAAGAAGGAAUGCAAGGGAGGUCACUUAAUCCAUAAAGGGAGAUUGUUAGGAGGGGGAAAACCAGAGGGGCUGAAUGAUGGUUGUCAUUCCCAGGUUUUAACUUAGCAGUCCUUCAACCAAAGAGCCUGAACAAAAUCACCAAAAAUGUGGAGACAAAUGAGGAAUUACUGCAUAUUUUAUUGAAGUGAGAUCAGUAUUUUCUCACUACUUAAUAAAUAAAUAAAUAAAUAAAUAAAUAAAUAAAAAAUAUAUAUAAUAUAAAUAAAAUUAUUAUUUAUAAAUAAAUAAAUAAAAUUAUUAUUUAUUUUUUUCAGCAGGAAAAUAUUUAAUGUUAAUUGAAGUAGACUCACUGGACCUCAUAUCAACCAUUGCUGAAUUUUGUGUAUAUAUACUGCAGUGGAAUUUCUGUAAAAUUCCCAAGUGCCUUCACGUCUUAUGAUCAGGUUUCUUUCCCACUUCCCUCCAAACCAAGACACUUAUGCGUACAUAUGACAACAAUUUGUUGCGUUGUCAUGCAGUUUUCAGUAUUUCAUAGUUUUGGACCAGUAUUUUGUUAAAAGCUAUGCAGACAUUGGGAUAGAUUUCAUUGUUUUGUUAGGAGUGUUCUCUAUUUCUCUCUCUCUUUUUUUUAUAACUAUUUGACGUGAGAUAGAUUAGACACCCUCAAGUAGUUCCCUUUAAAAUAUAUUUUCUUGAUCGUACAUGAGACAAAAUGCUGAAGUGACAGCUGAAGCUGGUAAGAGCACUCACCCUUCUUCCCUUCUAAAUUGCACCUCAUGUAAACUCGGCAAAGGGAAGAAGAUGAAUGUGAAUCUUUCAUUAUGACAAAAUGUUUCAUUAUGCGCCUUUUUAAAUUAUGCUAUUUAUGUAUUUAUUGUGGAGCCUUACAGUAAUAAUCCCUUUAUUUUUUGUCCAUGCGUUAGUCUAGCCUACUGUAGAACAUGUCCUCAUGUGCUGCUGCAUAAUGAGAAAGAGAGCAUGUGAUGGAUGUUUAAACUUGGCUUAACAAAGUGAUCACUGUGUAUAAAGAACAAAUAUGAGUGGAAAGGUAGCAAUAAGUCCAAUACAUUUUCUGUUUUCUGUAGAUUUCAUGUUUUUGUCUCAAAUAGAUUCUUAAUUCUUUAAUGUUGCUUUUUAUACCUGACCAGUUUGAUAAAGGACGGUGUGAGAACUGUUAACUUUUUAAAAUUUCAACAUUUGAUGUCAUUAGACAUUUAAUGUUUUCUAAUGCAAGGACAUCACCUAUUUCACCUUGUAUUUUGUAAUGCAUGACUCAAAAUAAUGCAAAAAAUUUAAUAUGUGAAAUAAAAGGAAAUUUACCUUCAA